AUGGCGUUCGCGGCGGCGAUGCGCGCGGACGAGGCGAGCGACGAGGCGCGAGCGGCGGCGGGGAGGGCGCUGCGGGACGCGCUGGCGCGAGGCGCGGAGACGAACGGACGCGAGACGAGACGCGUGGUCGAGGGCGUGCGCGCGGGGCUGGCGCGGGGAGGGCGCGCGCGGACGGAUGCGUUCGAUGCGUUCGGGGCGGCGUGCUGCGCGGUGAGGGGAGAGACGUUCGGGGAAGAGGUGGCGGCGGAGGUGGCGACGCGCGCGAGCUCGAGCGACGCGGGCGACGACGCGAGUCACGUCGCGAAAGGGCUCGAGGCGUUGCGGUUUUACGUGCUACAGUGGGACGGGAGGAGUGCGGCGAUGACCGCGGCUGUGGUGGCGUCGAUCGCGCCCGCGGUGAAGUUUGCGGCGAAAUCGAUCGACGCGAGGGAAACCGCGGCGCCUUCGGAAGCGGCGACGCAAGCGGCGCUGUUCCUCGCGACCGUGUGCGUAGUGUGCGGAGACGUGGACGAAUUGCGCGAAGGUUGGCGAGCAAAGGCGCGCGGCGUCCUCGACGCGGCGCCGAUUUCCGUCCAAACAUUGCUCGGGCCGCGCGCGAGUCGCGCCUCGCGCGCGUCGGCGAACGAGGCGGCGAGGCGCGCGCUCCGCCGCAUCGCGCAAGUCACGGCGCCCGUCGAAGUUUCGCCCGCCGCCGUCGCCGAGCCAUCAUUGCGAGAGUCGUCGCCGGCGCCGGCGCUGGCGAUGAACGAUCCCGUGACACCGUUGCCGCCUUCGCGAGACGCUUCGGCGUCGGCGUCGCCUUCGACGUCCGACGACUCGCGCAAAGCUCCCGCGGCGGACGCUUCGUUCGCGACACGGCGGCACUUCGACUGCACGAUGUUGGCCGAACCACUUGACGCAAACGUGACCGUCGACGCGAUGUUUUCGUACCAAAUUGAUGGCAUGUGCGCGUAUUCAGAGGCUUUCUGCGACACUCUCGUGGCGGCGGCGAAGUGGGUUCGCAAAUGUAGAGCGACGUUACGGCGAAGCACACUGCUUAAGCUGAAUUCGACAAGUAACAGAGCGAUCGAGCACGCGCUCAGGGUAGUUUUAGACGCGAACGUGCUCGCGUUGACGAGCUUGACGCGGCUGGCGAAGAUGGUCGGCGAGCGAAAGCUUUUGCUUGCGAAUCGAGAUAAGGCUUUCAUCGCUUCAAAGAACGUUGAGGCUUGGGUUCACAGCGGUUUUGCGCUUCUCAGAAGCGCGGCGCGGCAAGAUUUAGGCCUUAGUGCUUUCGCAGUCGUCGCGCUCGCGACACAUGAGCCGAGCAGUAGAUAUAAAAGCUUGGGUGCCAAUCACGGCUUCCCUGGCGCAAUUUCGGCGCGGAUGGCGUUUCUUCGAUGGUCGCGCGUCAUGUACGCGCACAGAGCCGAGGCAAAAGCCGAACUUCUGGCGUUGGUGCAUUACGAGCAAACGCUCAUGACGAAAGCAUUUCGUACGUUGAGCGAGUAUGCACCGUAUCAUCGUCAACAAGCAAACGCGCUCGCAUUGAAGUUUGGUUUGCGGUGGCGAGCUAACGCUCAGUUGAGUCGCGACCGCGAGCCGUUCGAACACACCUUUGGCAUCACUACGCCGUUAUCGCAGCGAUCAUCGACGGCGCGCUCUUUGUCUCAGCACCAUGGCGCAUCUUCAGUACCGUGGGCGCCGUCCGUCGGCGCGCUGGGUAGUUCGCGUGCAAAAACGCGCCGCACUCGAAGCGUCGUGAGUCGAAGUUCGUACAAGUCGAUCGGUGACGAAGGUGAGAUUUUGGACUUCGACGUCCCGCACAUCGUCUUCAACGAAUCGCAAACAAUCAUGUAUGAGGCGUUCCAAGCGUGGAUCGAUCACACGUACGAACAGCUUCUCACCGGGCCGAGUUUGGUGGCGAAGGAGCACAGGCGCGCGGUAUUGUUGCGCAAAUCCUUUAAAGCCAUGCGUCGAUACGUAGUUCGAAGCGUCGGCGUGCGCGAAAAAGCCGUCGCGAUCGAAGUCGCGGUCAAUAAGCUGGACUUUUACGUAUGCGGCGGAGCCGCCUUCCGCAAAUGGGUCGCUGGCGUUAGAUACAUCAAGCGUCUGUACACCUUCGUCGACGGCGAAGUCGAGCGAUGGCGAAACGAGCUUCGCGUGAAUUGCUUCCGCGCCUGGCGCGAAGUAGCGGCUUCGGGCGCACGAACGACGCUCUGGGAAGAACAAACGUGGGCAGAUAUCACGCCGAAGCUCGAGCACAACCGUCGUCGCGUGUGGUUGCGGCGAUGGGUCAACGCAACUCAAGCGUCGCUGGAAGAACGAUUCGCUGAGGCGCGAACGUGGAGACGACGACGCUUGCUUCUUGCCUGGCGAACCGUCGCCGGCGAGCUCGUGGUGAAACGAAUGGUGGCAGAUACUAUAGACAAACUCGCGCGAUUAGAAACAUAA